AUGAUAUCCUCAACACUUCUUCCCACCCGAUUUCGGGGCGAGCAGCCCGCUGCGCAGGCGGCAGCCCCCUCCUGGCUCAACAAGAAGAUCACUCCCGCUCUCAAGUUCCUCUCCAAGGUCGCUUGCUCCCACCCGAUUCAUACUGUCGUCAUUGUCGCCGUGCUGGCCAGCACCUCGUACGUUGGUCUUCUGCAGGAGAGCUUGUUCGAUGCCACAAUCAGCGUCCGCACCGCCGACUGGUCCUCUCUCACCGAGGGCAGCCGUCGUCUGCAGGCUGGCCCCGAGACUGCCUGGAAAUGGCAAAACGUCGAGCCCGAGGCCGCUGUCACCGGUGACGUUGAUCACCUCGCUCUCUUGACCCUCGUCUUCCCCGAGUCUCAGUCUCCCGAGUCCGUCAACACCGCUCCCCGUACUCACGCGGUCCCGAUUCCUCAAAACCUGUCCAUCACCUCGCUGCCUCCCACCUCCAACUCUUUGACGAGCUACUCCCAGGACAGCGCUCUUGCUUUCGCCGUCCCUUACUCCCAAGCUCCCGAGUUCCUGUCCGUCGCCCAGGAGAUCCCUGAUGUCUCGAGCGAAGAGGCUCGCGAGACCACACAAGGCAAGGAGAAGAAGAUGUGGAUCAUGAAGGCUGCCAAAGUGCACACUCGCAACAGUCUCGUCCAGUGGGUUCGCAACGGUUGGACCGAGUUCAUUGACCUGCUCAAGAACGCCGAGGCUUUGGACAUCUUCAUCAUGGUCCUCGGCUACCUCUCGAUGCACCUGACCUUCGUCUCUCUGUUCCUUUCCAUGCGCCGCAUGGGCUCCAACUUUUGGCUUUUCACCAAUGUUCUCUUCUCCUCCGUCUUCGCAUUCCUCUUCGGUCUGCUGGUCACCACCAAGCUUGGUGUCCCCAUCACCAUGGUUCUGCUUUCCGAGGGCUUGCCUUUCCUGGUUGUGACUAUCGGCUUUGAGAAGAAUAUUGUCCUUACCCGCGCCGUUCUGUCCCACGCCAUUGAGCAUCGCAAGCCCCAAGACAGCAAGAAGCAGGACACCAAGUCCAAGAAGUCUGAGGUCUCGUCCCCCAAUGUCAUCCAGUACGCUGUUCAGGCCGCCAUUAAGGAGAAGGGUUACGACAUUGUAAAGGACUACGCCAUCGAAAUCGGAAUUCUCGUUCUCGGUGCCGCAUCUGGCGUUCAGGGUGGUCUGCAGCAAUUUUGCUUCCUCGCUGCCUGGAUCCUCUUCUUCGACUGCAUCCUUCUUUUCUCCUUCUACACUGCUAUUUUGAGCAUCAAGCUCGAGAUUAACCGGAUCAAGCGCCACGUUCAGAUGCGCCGCGCCCUCGAGGACGAUGGCGUGAGCCACCGCGUGGCCGAAAACGUGGCCCGCAGCAACGAUUGGCCCGAGUUCAACGGCAAGGCCCCUAAGGAGGCUUCUUUGUUCGGAAAACAGAUGAAGAGCAGCAACGUCCCCAAGUUCAAGGUCUUGAUGGUCACCGGUUUCGUUCUGAUCAACGUCAUUAACAUUUGCACCAUUCCGUUCCGCAACUCAAACUCCCUCCCGAGCCUGUCGUCCUGGACUGGUGGCCUGAGCGCCGUUGUCACUGCCCCUCCUGUCGACCCUUUCAAGGUUGCUUCCAACGGCCUCGACGCCAUUCUGGAGUCUGCCAAGGGCGCCGAGCGCCCGACCGUCGUCACUGUCCUCACGCCCAUCAAGUAUGAGCUCGAGUAUCCUUCCGUCCACUAUGCUCUCCCUUCCAAGACGAGCAAGUCGGGAUCCGGAGAGGAGGAUGAGUAUGACCACUUCGAGAACUACGGUGUCGGUGGUCGCAUGGUCGGCAGCAUCCUGAAGAGCUUGGAAGACCCUGUCCUUUCCAAGUGGAUCGUUGUUGCCCUCGCCAUGAGCGUCGCUCUUAACGGCUACCUGUUUAACGCUGCCCGCUGGGGUAUUAAGGACCCUAAUGUUCCCGACCACCAGAUCGACCCCAAGGAGCUUGCCCGCGCUGAGAAGUUUAACGAUACUGACUCGGCUACCCUGCCCCUUGGCGAGUACAUUCCCCCGACGCCCAAACCUGCGACCCCCUCAUCGACAGAUGACGAGUCCGAAGGCAAAGCCAAGUCUUCAGAGCCUGCUACUCCUACCGAGCCGCGAACUAUUGCUGAGUUGCAAAAGAUGAUUGACGAGAAGCGGGUCCACGAGAUGACUGAUCACGAGGUUGUCGGUAUGUCUCUUCGCGGCAAGAUUCCUGGUUACUCUCUCGAGCGCGCCUUGAAGGACCACACCCGCGCCGUCAAGGUUCGCCGCAGCAUCAUCUCUCGCACCAACGCUACCUCCGAACUCACAAGCAGUCUCGAGCGCUCCAAGCUGCCUUACCAGAACUACAACUGGGAGCGUGUCUUUGGUGCUUGCUGCGAAAACGUCAUCGGUUACCUGCCUCUUCCCGUCGGUGUCGCUGGUCCUCUCGUCAUUGAUGGUCAGAGCUACUUCAUCCCCAUGGCUACUACUGAGGGUGUCCUGGUCGCCAGUACCAGCCGUGGCUGCAAGGCUAUCAACUCUGGAGGUGGCGCUGUUACUGUCCUUACUGCCGAUGGAAUGACCCGUGGACCAUGUGUCAGUUUCGAGACCCUCGAGCGUGCUGGUGCAGCCAAGAUCUGGCUCGACUCCGAUGCUGGCCAGUCCAUCAUGAAGAAGGCCUUCAACUCCACCAGUAAUUUCGCUCGUCUCCAGUCCAUGAAGACUGCUCUCGCCGGUACCAACCUCUACAUCCGCUUCAAGACGACGACCGGUGACGCCAUGGGCAUGAACAUGAUUUCCAAGGGUGUUGAGCACGCUCUCUCCGUUAUGGCAUCCGAGGGCUUCGAGGAUAUGAACAUUGUUUCCGUCUCUGGUAACUACUGCACGGAUAAGAAGGCUGCCGCCAUCAACUGGAUCGACGGACGUGGCAAGAGCGUUGUCGCCGAGGCCAUCAUUCCCGCUGACGUGGUCAAGAAUGUGCUCAAGAGUGACGUCGACACUCUCGUCGAGCUCAACGUGAACAAGAACCUGAUCGGCUCGGCCAUGGCUGGCUCCGUUGGUGGAUUCAACGCCCACGCUGCCAACAUUGUCGCCGCCAUCUUCCUCGCUACUGGUCAAGAUCCCGCCCAGGUUGUGGAGAGUGCCAACUGUAUUACCGUUAUGAAGAACCUCCGUGGCUCUCUCCAAAUUUCCGUCUCUAUGCCUUCUCUUGAAGUCGGUACUCUUGGCGGUGGCACUAUCCUCGAGCCUCAAAGCGCCAUGCUGGACAUGCUCGGCAUCCGCGGUCCCCACCCCACUAGCCCUGGAGAGAACGCCCGCCGUCUUGCUCGCAUCAUUGCUGCCGGCGUCUUGGCCGGUGAACUGUCCCUUUGCAGUGCUCUGGCAGCCGGCCACUUGGUCAGGGCUCACAUGCAGCACAACCGUUCGGCGCCUCCCACGCGCACCAAUACCCCCGCCCCCAGCGGCACCCAGACACCUGUCGGCCUGGCCAUGACCAACGCCGUCGAGAAGGCCGGCAGCAUGAGCGCCGCUGCUCUUGAGCGGGCGCGUCGUUAA